UGAUUCCGUGGCCAUUAGCUUUCCACCUCCUUCUUACCCCUCUCCUCGGUUAUCCCCUCGCCCCCAUGUAUAUAUAUAUAUACAUAUACAUGUAGUUACGUAGAGGACAUACAGCAUCGGCGUUGGAGAAGAAGAUCCAGAGCAGCCGCGGAGAUGGCAGACUGGGGGCCGGUGUUCAUGGCGGUGAUACUGUUCAUCCUUCUCUCCCCUGGCCUCUUGUUCCAGGUCCCCGGCAGGAGCCGCUUCAUCGAGUUCGGCAACUUCCAGACCAGCGGCAUCUCCAUACUCGUCCACUCCAUCAUCUACUUCGGCCUCCUCGCCAUCUUCCUCCUCGCCGUCCACGUCCAUAUGUACAUCGGCUACUAGCUAGUCUAAUUCCCCUUGAUAGGAUUGCAGACCGCUUCCUCGUGCCUUGUUCCUCUUUGCUUGAUGACCGCAGUGUGUGAGAUCCUUGCUUCUGAUGCCUUGUUUCUUCGAACGAGUGAGAAUUCCUGGCCUUGCUUGUUCAAGUGCAUGCAGUUCCUCACCAUGAAUGCUUGCAGGAAGUAUCCGAACGAGAAACGUUGCGCACGCAUAGCCAAAUGGUGGAGCAUCUCUUUUAGCGUCUGGUAGAAGCUAACGAUCUCACUUCAUGGCCUUUACCAACUUCAAAUUAAUAUGAAUGAAUCUGAUACUUUGCUUCUACUCAUUUAAAUAAUAUCAUGUAAAAGCAGCUUUUAUUAUUUAUGUACGACUCGAUUAAUGAGAUGACUACAUUCGAUCGGUGGGCGGUACACUCGCAUUCUUAUCGUGCUCCGCUCCUGAUGCAAUCCUUCAUGUCCUCAUGGGUCGGAUCCACUUAAGCUAGACUACUCUGCCUGGACCAUCUCACCUUUCCCGUUACGUGGCAUGAUCGCGGUGGUUCGAUCAGUGGACCCCAGCGGUUCGGCCAGGUGGAGCCCGAAGAUUCCGCUACAGCGACGUUACGGGCUACCCACGAUUUCCAUCAGGGGCCCUACGACGACGAACGAAGUACACGUGGGUGGAUGGCUGGCAUCGAUCACCGCUUAAUUGGG